CAUCACACCGGAACACUAAAUCACUUGGCGGUCGAAAUCGCGUGCAUCCGCUAGUUGUUAAUAUAAUUUUAAUUAUAAUAUGAUAUGAAAUCAUUAGGUGUUUAAAUUUUGUUUGUAAUCUACUGUCCAGUGUAACAGACGUCUUGGUUGGACAAUUGGACAUGUUGUUUUAUAUAGUUUUAAUUGUAUGCCUUUUGGCAAUUUUGUGUGUGUGUGACUGGUUCAGUCGUGAUUCGAGAUUGAUGAGACAGAUCCCUGGGCCAACCGCGUGGCCUAUUAUUGGAAAUGUGCUAACUUAUUUGGCUCCUCCAGAUAAGAUGUUUCUAGUGAUGCGAAAUCUUCACAAGGAGUAUGGUCCUAUUACUCAGGUACAUGCGAUGCAAAUUCGGUACGUAAGCGUCUGCGAACCUAACGAUUUGGAACUCGUGAUGUCUUCAUCGGAAUAUGUGACAAAAGCUGAUGCUUACAAAUUCGCUGCGCCGUGGCUGGGCGACAGUUUACUUCUCUGUACAGGAAAGAAAUGGCACCAGCGCAGAAAACUGCUGACUAAGGCGUUUCACUUCAACAUUUUGAAGAAAUUCAUGGUGACAUUCAAGCAACACACUCAGCAGUUCGUGAAGCAGGUGGAGGAGGAAAUUCUUAAAGAAAAGACAGACGUUAAGGCACUUGUUGGACCCGCGGCUUUGCGUGUCAUAAGCGAGACAGCAAUGGGAACAUCACUUACUGACGAUAGAGUCGCGUUUCAGAAAUAUUUCGACUCUAUCCUUUUCUUAGGUGAAGCGAUCAUCACACGGUUGUCCAAAGUCUGGCUACACAAUGAUUUUAUAUUCAAUCUCAGCAAAUUUGGGAAAACACAAAAGUCUGUAUUAACAGAACUCCAUGGAUUUACGAAUAAAGUGAUCAAAAAUAGACGCAAUUUCUUAGAUGAAACAGAUUUCAAGCAAGAUGACAAUGACUCCGACUCCUACGAUAACAAUGAAAAGAUGGCCCUGUUAGAUUUGCUUUUAAAAAACGAAAGACAAGGAGUUAUAAACAAUGAAGUGAUUCGGGAAGAAGUUGACACUUUUAUGUUUGAGGGUUAUGAUACAACAACAAUAGCACUGUCCUUUUUCUUGAUGGCGAUCGCUAACGAGCCUGCUAUACAAGAUAAAAUAUACGCAGAACUACAGCAAGUCAUGGGCCACAGUCAGGAGUUGCCAACUAUGGAGGAGUUAAAUGACAUGAAGUACUUAGAAUGUUGCAUCAAAGAGUCUCUCCGUCUCUACCCUAGCGUGCCGUUUAUUGGCAGAAAGGUGACGAAGGAAAUAGUUUUAAGUGGCUAUACAGUACCCGUGAACACAUCCUGCUUCAUCAUGAUCUACGACCUCCAUCGUCGAGCUGAUUUGUACCCGGACCCGGAAAAGUUCGAUCCGGACAGAUUCCUCCCGGAUAACAUCUUGAAACGCCACGUCUACGCUUACCUGCCCUUCAGCGCUGGCCUGAGAAACUGCAUAGGUCAAAAAUUCGCGAUGCUUGAGAUGAAAAUGAUCCUGAGUGGUUUGCUUCGGAGGUUCCACGUGGAGCCUGUGACCAAACCGUCCGACAUAGUUUACAGGGCAGACAUCAUUCUACGGACAGUGGAACCCAUGUAUGCCCGUUUCCGAUUAAGAAGAUAAAUUAGAGAAUAUGUUAAAGUGGUUAAAGUUAGAUUCCAAUGGAUGUGGCACUAUAAAGAUAUGUUGAUAGUUAUGUUGCAACCUCAAUAGCUCAGCGGAAAAGGAGUGGACUUACGACGGGAGGUCGUGGAUUCGAAACCCACCCGCUAUACUUUUGUCAUACCCACUCCUAAUACAGUUACCGACUAAUUGAAGGGGAACGGGAAUAGUCAUAUUGAAAAUAUAUAGCAAUUACUCUAAAAAAAAAUUUAUAAUAAUAUAAAGCACACAUUGAUCGUAAAGGGCUCGUCACCGUAUCAAUGUUACAUAAAUACCUUUAUGUUCUACGGUUACAGGGUUAAAAGAACUCACCGUACCUAUUAUUGUUGUACGUAUACGUAAUAUGUCAAUAUCUAGACGUUCUGCUAAGAAAACGAAUGAAGAGAAAGAAGACAUAGUUUAAAUACAGUUAUCUAAUAUUUUUUUUUAUUUGAAAAUGUAUACAUAAAGGAAUGUAGAAAAAUAGUAUAGUUUGAAGACAAGUUUGCAAUAGUAUAGUUUGAAGACAAGGGCCCAAGCAACCAGUAUCAACCAGGGCCGGCUCCAGAGUGAGGCACCUAAGGGAUUAAAUUCGAAAAUAAUAUUGAAUGGUGGUCUUGGCACUUGUACAUAUGUUUUAUGUGGUUAGGUUUUUACAGUAAAUUGAUUGCAGUUUUUUUAUGCAGUUU